CGCUCAGUUUCGGUUAGUAUACUAUCAGUAUAUGAUAUAAUGCGGUCUUUGGCCAUCGUUGUAACAAUGCCUUUGGCACCGACUUCAACUACUCUUACAUGUCAAACUAUAUGUAGCCUCUCUAUCUGGCCCGAACUCUGGAGGGUCAACGUACAUCGACUCCACGAAAUUGCGUGUUUGACAAUCGUCAUGCAAACAGCCGGCCACAGGGCCCCGUUGUCACUACGCUACGACAAAGCCCGAAGGACACUCCUCGGUCCUCGGACGACUACUCGAAGCUACGGCGACCCUACUGCAGUAAAACGUUACGCUUCCAGACAGUAACUGACUAGAACUCGUACUCUCUCAUAGAAUCAUUGCACACUGCGAGUUUGCCCAUGAUAAUUCUGAAUGGCAAAGGCAACGUCAAAUGCCCCGUACAGCAAGCAACUUUUUUCCUUCGGAGCGGCCAUAGUGAGGCUUGGGACUAUCUCAUAUCAUGACCCUUGCUAAAAAAAAACUCUUCUUCAUG